AAGAGGCCGUUUGUAAUCGCAUAUCAACUGGCUAGCGGAUCGGCUAUGUCGGAGUGUGGUUAGUAAAGUCACGGUGAGCACGUCACCGAACACCGAUCUGUCACGGUCUGUCACCGCCGUGCCGCGUCGCGUCGUAUGACAGGCAGACUCGUCGUUACGUCUCUCCAUAGAGCGUCCGAGUUGUUGCCGCGCUCGCAGGUGGGGAAAGCGAGAGAGCAAGAUAGAAAGAGAAAGACACAAUAGCCACCGCAACAAUGGCGAUGGGCAAGGGUUUUCGCAUCUACGAGAAAUUAGACUCGCCCAAGCCACACUCGCUCAUCCUCGAGCAACGAAAUCGCAAGGAGACGCUGCUCUUUGAGUCGCAGGCAGUCGCUGUUCUUUCCAGCGAAGAGCACGAGUUCCUAAAACCAAAAUACAAUAAGCUCUUGGAUGCUUAUGGAUGUCUGGGUGUUCUGCAACUGAAUGCAGGAGAAAAUACUCUGCUGUAUCUGGUUCUGGUUACUGGGUGCUUCUCCGUGGGAAAAAUUGGUGAAUCAGAGGUCUUCAGAAUCACACAGUCUAGCUUCGUGCCUUUGUUUUACAAUCAAGGGACUGAAGAUCGUGUAUCUGAAGUCAGGAAGGUUCUCAAUUCCGGCACGUUUUACUUCUCCUGGUCUGCUGGACAGGAGUCACUUGACAUUACUUUGAGUGCUCAGAGAAGAUGCAAAUCCAUGACUACGGACAACAGGUUCUUCUGGAACCGUAUGCUGCAUAUUCAUCUGCUGAGAUAUGGCGUGGAUACGAGUCAGUGGCUGUUAAAGGCAAUGUGUGGCAGCGUAGAAAUAAGAACCGUCUACGUCGGGCAUAGACAAGCCCGCGCGGUGCUUAUGUCUAGAUUAAGUUGCGAACGCGCUGGCACUAGAUUCAAUGUUCGAGGAACCAAUGACGAUGGGCACGUGGCGAAUUUUGUGGAGACCGAACAGGUGAUCUACAUAGACAACGAAGUGACUUCCUACGUCCAGACGAGAGGCUCGGUGCCGUUGUUCUGGGAACAGCCUGGCAUACAAGUCGGCUCCCACAAAGUGAAGAUCUCGCGCGGCUUCGAGACCUCUGCGCCUGCCUUCGACAGACACUUGGAGAUGAUCAAGAAGAGAUACGGUCAACAAGUGAUCGUCAAUCUCCUCGGCUCGAGUCUAAUCGGCAGCAAGGAGGGCGAGGCGAUGUUGAGCCAGUUGUUUCAGACCCACCACAACAUGUCGGAACAUAAGGACGUGCCACACAUCUUAUUCGAUUAUCAUCAAGAGUGCCGCGGUGGUAAUAUGAAGAACUUGUCGAAACUGAAGGCGAAAGUCGAGAAAUACCUAGAAUCGUUUUCGUUGUUUUACGCGGUCGGCAACACUGUGAUCCUCGAACAGACCGGCACCAUCCGGACAAACUGUCUGGAUUGCUUGGACAGAACAAACUGCGUGCAAACGUUCUUCGCGCUCGAGCUGUUGGCCAAGCAGAUGGGUCUGCUGAAGCUGAUGGAAAAGCAGCAGAUGGUGUCGCGGUUCGAGGAAGUAUUCCGCCAGAUGUGGAUCAACAACGGCAACGAGGUCAGCAAGAUCUACGCGGGCACUGGCGCCAUCCAAGGUAGCUCCAAGCUGAUGGACGGUGCACGAUCGGCAGCUAGAACGAUACAGAACAACUUGUUAGACUCCAGCAAGCAGGAGGCGAUCGAUGUCUUGCUGUUGGGAUCGACAUUGAAUACAGAAUUGGCCGACAGAGCACGUCUACUGUUGCCUUCCAACAUGCUGCACGCCGCACCGAAUGUCCUGAGGGAGAUGUGUAAGCGCUACAACGAGUACGUGACAACAAUGAAUCUCCGGGUGAGCGUCGGUACCUACAACGUCAACGGAGGGAAGCAUUUCAGGAGCGUAGUUUAUAAGGAUGUGUCGUUGUCCGAUUGGUUACUCGAUGGGCCGCGCAAGUCUCCCUCUUUAGUGACUUUGGAGCAACGUGACGACGUACCUGUGGAUAUAUUUGCGAUCGGUUUCGAAGAAAUUGUCGAUCUGAACGCCAGCAACAUCAUGGCUGCCAGUUCGGACAAUGCCAAGGCUUGGGCUGAGGAACUGCAAAAGGUGUUGUCUAAGGAUAACACGGAGUACGUCCUAGUGACGUAUCAGCAACUGGUCGGCGUCUGCCUCUAUUUGUUCAUACGUCCUGAACACGCACCUUAUUUGAGGGACGUGGCGGUGGAUUGCGUGAAGACGGGAUUAGGAGGUGCCACCGGUAACAAAGGUGCCGCAGCAAUUAGAUGUGUGCUGUACUCCACCUCCUUCUGCUUCGUCUGCGCGCACUUCGCCGCCGGUCAGUCCCAGGUGAAUGAGCGUAACGCCGAUUACGCCGAGAUCACGAGGAAGAUUACGUUUCCCAUGGGCAGAACGCUCAACACCCACGACUAUGUGUUCUGGUGCGGCGACUUCAACUACAGAGUCGACAUGGACAAGGACGAGAUGAAGGAGCUGAUCAAACGGAACGAACUCGAUCAAAUAUUGGCAUACGAUCAAUUGAGGGUUCAACAAGAUCAAGGCAAUGUCUUCAAGAACUUCCUGGAGGGACCCAUCACCUUUGCGCCUACGUACAAGUAUGAUCUGUUCUCGGACGAUUACGACACCAGCGAGAAAUGCCGGCAACCCGCGUGGACGGACCGAGUUCUAUGGAAACGUAGGAAACAAGUACCUGACAUCGACUGGAAUCCGGGCAGACUCGUUUACUAUGGCAGAGCGGAAUUGAAGCAAAGCGAUCAUCGGCCGGUCAUCGCUACCAUCGACAUCGACGUGCACUGCGUCGAUCCUGAGAAACGCGAGCGCGUGUUCAAGGAGGUGAUACAGGACCUCGGGCCGCCGGACGGCACGAUAAUCGUCAAGGCGGUGGAAGAGUUCGAAGACAUGGAUAGCGUGUUCGACAACAACCUCAUGUUCGCGUUGAUUCAGGACUUGUCUCACAUCGGUGAGGCGAUCCUAGUGCGCUACGUCGGCGAGACUAUCUGGGUGACGUUCAGGGACGGCCAGUGCGCCUUGGCCGCUGCGAAGAAGGGCAUGACGCAGGUAUGCGGCCAGACGCUGAGGCUGUCACUGAAAUCGCCCGACUGGGUGCAGCUGAUCGAGAAGGAGAUCGAGAUCUGCAGUAACACCACAGUCGCGCAGUUCACGGCGAGCUCGCCGCUCAGGAGUCCCAUGCAGCGGUUGGAGAAGUUGGAGAUCGCCGAACGCGCGUCGCCCAAUAGAAGCAGCCCGAGCGACGUGCUCCCACCGCCGAGACCGGCGCCACCUGGUCGACCCACGCAACCACCGAGGAGUCCCGCUCAAGAACGGAAGCAGGGUCCUCGAGCUGGGGUCUUCAGUGUAUUCCACAAUCAAUUCGCACCGCCGACGUCGACAGCAUCGGCACCAGCGGUCGCCGAUCAAGCCGCGGAAGAUCGUCAGCAGAACGAAAGCGGCAGACUGUCGCCGGAUUCUGCCAUCUACGAGGAGAUCCCGGACGGCUCGUCCAGUUACCCCGUACCGAAUCGACCGCCACCCCCGUUACCGCGCAUGGAUGGCCCUCAGGAACCGUUGAGUCGACUGCCACCUAGCAGACCACCUCCCAGCUCGAUACCACCCUUGUUGCCGCACAGGCAGGCUCCUCCGCCGCCACCGCCGCAACAUCUGCCACCCAGUUUGCCGCCGUCGAGCGUUCCGCCUCCUGUUCCAGCUAGAACAGGCGGCGGGCCGCCUAUUCCGGCUAGAAAUCCUCACUAAGGCCGAGGAUCUCGUCUUGGUGAGGCGAAAGGGGGAUGCGACGAAACGCGUCCAUGACCACAGGUUCGGUAUGUUCGAGCGUUACAUUGGCGCGUGUGAUUAUUUAUAGAAUCUACAAACGACGAGACUGUAGUCGACAAGUAUUUGCUUCCACGCUGAAUUCCGGAUACAUUCCGGAUACUUUCUCCUUUCUUCCUUACUUCCCACCCUCCCCGAGUUGUUCUGUGAUCGACUGCUCCUAGGACGAUGUUGAGCAUGGUCGAAAAUCAGGAAAUUUCGAGAUUAUUUUCGAUCUCGUCGCGAUUGCAGGAACGAUUGACUGUAGAUUUGUAUUUAUAUGAUUCCUGAAUCUGUACCGCGCGCUUUAUCACGUUCGCGGUAACAGACUUGUUGAGCCUGUUGAUCAAUUCAGAGAUAAUACGAGGAACUAUCGUUGUGUAUUUUCACCAGAAAUAUUUAAAAGCCCGGAGAAUAGUGUUAUCGUUUCAACGAACCCGAUCGAUUUAUGCCUGUUGACGCGAUAUAUAGAGAGAUUUACAAUGUAUAUUCGAAAUCCGUUGAAAGCAUGUUGUAAAAUUGGGUGUUGAUGCAUUGUGAGCGAGUCGAUGAUCGGCGGAGAGUUCAAAGACGACAAGCGAUCCUCGGCGCAACGAUGUUAUACAGUUACUGUCACUGUGUACCUCUCCGCUUGUAUUGUAUAUCAAGUUAAGGUGCAACUGUCGAUGUCUUAGAAACGCUUUCACGAUUUAGGAGUCCUCAUGAGCAUUUGGUAGUAUAAGUGUACAAAAAGAAAAAAAAGAAAAAGAAAAUGUAACUAUAUUAGCUCGAAGCACGAGGAGAGCAAACACACUUAACUUUCAGACUUAAUUUUACGUGUAAUUGUAUUGCGCCUCGUAUUGUGCGAGAGCGAAGGCGGUAGGUGAGGAGAGGGUAGGCUCAGACAGCAGUAUUCUUACGAGUAUAAGGUAUCCUCGUGGUCGUAACAUGAAAAGAAGGGACGCUCGACGGCUCCCCUCUUCGAGUUGAUUUCUUCAGCGACACACGCUCGUCACCGAUCGUCCUAAAGGCUGCUAAUUUAAUUAAUAUCAUUCUACGUGAUUAUUUUCGCUCAUCACUUUCCUAGUUUUGAUGUUCCUAUCUACAUCUUGCCAUUGAACUCUGCGGCAUACCGGAAUGGGAACGGCCAAGUCGCAGAGUCAGAAAACAUCUCCGAGAGGUGAUGUUGCGUUCUCUGCCUAAGGCCCUGCACAAUCUGUCCUGAUGUUCUACCAGUAUGUAUGUAUAGAUUAAAAUGUAAAAUGUGACAUUUAUUCUACACGGUGUCACAAUGCGAAUAUACAACUUUCAGUGUACUUCCAGCCUCGUGGGCUGAUAUCUUCGACGCAGGAAACACGUCAGAGAACAUCACCACUAACACGCUCGCUUCUAUCAACGUCGAUUGAUCCGAGUUUGUCUUUGUUUAAAUAGAGUUUAAACCCAGGUCAGAG